AUGCAUGCGACUUCAGUGAUGCACGCGCGCCCUUUUGGUGCCGUACUCUUCCGAGGCCUCGGGGUGGCGGAUGUGGUGGCCCUCGAUGAACUGAUCGACCACCUGACCGCCGCGCGCGCCUCGGGCUCCUUUCCCGAGGCCGUGGCCAAAAACCUGCUGAGCUUCGACCGUGGGUUCUGGCUGCGCCUGGCCGCCCGCAGGGACACUGCCAGCAGCGAGGCAGAGGCCGAGAGUCUGACCCAGCUGGCCUCGGACGUGAUGCUGCUGGUGGACGAGAUGGUGAAGGAAAGCGAGAGCCAGGUGCAGCGCUCAUCCCGACUCCUGCAACGGGUCCUAGAGGCGGGGGCGGACGGCGACUCGGGGCAGUGGCAGCUGCCGUUGAGUACCGACAAGAGACGGGCCAUGCGGGGGGUGAUGGCGGUGCACUCUACCCAACUGGACGAGGCAUUCGUCACCUCGGCCAUGGCCUGGAUCCGGAAGUCUGAGUCUGACAGCAUAGAGGGCAUGGCGCUGCUGCUGCGCAAGGUCCUGCAAAUGUUUGCUGGCUGCUCCCUGCUGGACAUUCAGCCUGGCGGCCAGGGCCGGCCAGGCGUGAUGGAUGCCUUCCUUGAAGCAGAUGAGGAGCAGUGGACAAGCAUGCUGCAGGACAUGGCUGGGAAGCAGGGAUCGAGCGGUGCAGAGCUGCUCCAAGGCAUCCAGGUGAUGAUGGAGCAUGUGGCUCUGCAGGGCGCGGCCGGCUCUCAGGCACAGCGGGUCCAGAUUGAAUAUCUCAACGAACUGAAGACGCGUGCUCUCAAUGCAUUCAGCAAUGCUCAGGGUACAGACACUGCCGGAGCAACAUGA